AUGAACAGGGGAUUUGCAAGUGGUUUUAUCAAUCCAAUGCUCGUCAUAGGGGCUGUUCUAGGAGCCCUAGCAUGCUUUGUUAGGCCAGAUUACAACCUACCACUCUACAUGUUUAUCUACAUCAUGAGAAAGAACCCUCAGAUCUGUGAAGGAGGGGAGAAACUCAAAAUACUUAUCCUAAUGUUUGUCACCCUUGUAGUUGACAUCAUCUGGUUGCUCUAUUGGGCACCUUUCUAUCGGUCAGAUAAAAUGAGAGAUUGGGAAUACGGAAUUCACAUGUUCACCAUCGUCAUAGUAAUUAUCGAAGUGAUUUACAAACUGAUCAUGAUGGUCAUCCUCGCCUUUGUCGAUUUAGACCAGAUCAAAGAUGUCAAUAAGAACUUGCUUGGAAGGAACCAAACUCGUUCUGACAGCAGGCGUUAAUUAAUUUUUAGCAGCAGAAUCAAAGAAAUAUAUCAUUUGUGGUA